AUCCAACUAGGUACAUUUAAGAAUAGAUCACAUUCAUAAUUUUGUUAUUAUCAUUUACAACAGUCAUCAUGGAUUUGUCUUCUCUUUGAUCCUGUCUUAGUGUCUUGAAAUCUUUGAGCAUUUCUUCUUCUUCGUCUCUUAUAAUAUAUUUAAAAGGUUAUAUAUUUACAUAUAUACAACUUUGAUUUCGAUACUCUUGAGAAUCCAAUAAUGAAAGCGAAAGUCAUAGAGAAAGAGAACUGCUUCGUAUGGUUGGUUAAGGCUCCUUUUCGUCUGUUGAUCAUGGCACGUGACGCCUACAUACGAAGCAUUACGUCAUGCUCCGGCGCCGGAAUUUAUUCCGGUGGUGGAUCAUCUGGUUUUGGUCAACUCUCCGGAAACUUCCAAAUCUGCGAUCCGCCUAGCACCGCCCUUCCUCGAAGCUUUACCUUGACGUCGGCGGCACAUGAUCAAGGCUGUCUGACACGUGGCGGACAACCUACGAUUGCAAUGAGACAAUCAUUGUCCUUGGAUCAUCGGAAGAACAAUAGAUGCGUUGUUGUGAUGGGAAGAAUAGAUGAGGAGAUGUCUUGUGAUGAUGAUGAUGAGUUUCAAGAAGAAGACUCUUUUCUUGAUUAUGGUAAUUGCGAGAUUCUUACAAAAGAAAUAGAAAAACCAUCUGUUGACCAAAAACAUAAGCCUCUAGGACGAUUUUGAUUUUGAUUUUUAGGUUUAUUAUUAGGUUGUUGCAUUGUGCUUAUUGAGAAAUAUGGAUCAAACACUUGAAAAGAAAAAUCAUUUUGUAUCAUUUAAUAU